GCAAGAGGAACCUGCAACUUUCGCGUCCUGUCCAGAGAACCCACCUGAGGCCAACUCUCUGAAGAAGCGUCUCCUUGAACUUUGGGAGUUCUUUGCCCAGGUGCCUGCUUUCAAGAAUGGAGUGGCAGCUUCUGGCACUUGCCAUUUGCCUCAGUUUGGCUACCUCGAAUUCGGCAGACUGUUCCGCUCAGUGCUCCGCAUGUGCUCUCCACAGCCAGGAUGUGGAUAAGCUCAUCAGCCCCUUGAUAUGCUCCCUGGAGUGCCAAGGCUCUUUGUUGUCCAGCACUGAGUGGGAGAAGUGCAAGAAAGCGCUGCCCUUCCUCGCCCCUUUCCUGAUCGAGGGGGAGCCCGACAGACUAUCCCAGGGGGAUGAAGAGGAGGAGGAGACCGAACAGGGAGGUGACCCCAGACCCAGGGAGGUGUACACUGGGCCGGCCAAACGUUACGGGGGCUUCAUGAAGAAGCUGGACAAGAACAAGAUCUUUUCUCUCCUCCGCGAGAACGCCCUUGCCAAGGGCAGCAUGGCGAAGAAAUACGGUGGGUUCUUCCGGAAGGUGAGGGAGAGGGCAGCCUCCGAAGUGGGUGCCGAGGAGGAAUACCCGGCGGCUCUGGAGACCAGGGAUCUGGCCUACAACGGGGAAGAGUCGGAUGCGGGGUCGCUCAAGGAUGAGGUGAAACGCUACGGGGGUUUCCUCCGCAAGUACCCCAAGCGAGGUUCCGACACGGCCGAGGAGGGCGGGCAAGAGCUGGGGGACCUGCGCAAGCGCUACGGGGGCUUCAUGCGCAGGAUCCGGCCCAAGCUGAAGUGGGACAACCAGAAGCGCUACGGAGGGUUCCUGCGGCGCCAGUUCAAGGUGACCACCAGGUCGGAGGAAGAGCCCAACGCCUACUCAGAGGAGGUCUAUGACCUAUAGAAGCCGCUUUGGGUGGAAACCCAUGUCAUCCUCCGGCCACGACGCCCCCAAAUGUGGACUGUGUGGGUCACUCCAACCGCUCACCCCAGUGCUCAGCCAAGUAGUGCAAGGGCCACAGGCAGGCCUGACAGAGAAGGAAUGAAUUGACAUCAUGGGGUUCCUUAGCAUGGAUUUUGAGGUGGAGGGAAGCCAGGGUUUGGGGGUUCAGGGCUGAGAUGCAGCUUUCUGGUGCUGUCCUCAAUCUAGAGAAAGAGGGGUGCAUUAUGGAGAUGCUGUCUGCUUCCAGCCUCUAAAGAGAUUCGUUCUCACCUGUCAUUAAUAUUUUGUUUCCCUGCCUGCCAAAAAACGAAUCUAGCCUGGCUAACAAAUCUAAUUAGCCCGUACAAUAACAAAACUACAUCAAUGAAACACACCAAAAAUUGCACACCUAAGCCUGUUUGCUUGGAAGUAAAAUCCCUCUGAAUUCCUAGCCAGCGUGCUUAGAAGUGCGGCCUGUAAACAAAUUUAAACGGUGAAAACGGCAGCAAUCAAACCUCAUUGAAGAGUAAUAGCUUAGAAACAGCUGCUGGUACAAAGCAAUCACAGUCCAAACCUCAACUGGAUAAAGCAGCCUUCCCCAACCUGGUGCCCUCCUGAUGUUUUGGAAGACAGCUCCCAUCAGCCGCAACCUGUUUGGCUGUGCUGUCUGAAACUGAUGGGGUUUGUAGUCCAAAAACAGCUGCAAAGCAACUGGUUGGUGAAAGGUCAAAUGGAAACAA